AAUAAACGAGAAGCAAAAGCAACUACCAUUCCUCACGCAAAUCAAAUCUCGCCACGUUUUCAAUCCCCAUUGGCUCAUUCCUUUCCUACCCAACCAAGCAAAAGACUAUUAGAUAAAAUAAAUAAAUAUUUCCCAUUCCCUUCUUUAAAAUAUCGCCCCCCUUCUCUCUCCCUCCCUCGGUCACUCUCCCUCCCUAGAGCAUGGAUCGACGUCUCUCGCUCCUCGCUCUCUCUCUCCUCUCACUCUCUCUCUUUGUCUGUGCCGCAAUCUCGACCGUCGAUUCCGACGACCUGCUGAUCCGCCAGGUCGUCGACGGCGACCAGCUCCUCGGCGCCGAGCACCACUUCUCCGUCUUCAAGCGCCGCUUCGGGAAGUCGUAUGCCACACCGGAGGAGCACGAUCGCAGGUUCCGCAUCUUCAAGGCUAACCUGCGCCGCGCCCGGCGCCAUCAGAAACUCGACCCCUCCGCCGCCCACGGUGUUACUCAGUUCUCCGAUCUGACUCCGGCCGAGUUCCGGCGCGCCUACCUCGGCCUCAAGCCGCUUCGGCUCCCGUCCGAUGCCAACAAGGCCCCGAUUCUCCCCACCGAUGAUCUUCCCUCCGAUUUCGAUUGGAGAGAUCACGGCGCUGUGACGGGUGUAAAGAAUCAGGGUUCGUGUGGGUCGUGCUGGUCGUUUAGCACUACUGGGGCCUUGGAAGGAGCUAACUUUCUGGCUACUGGGAAGCUCGUGAGCCUUAGUGAGCAGCAACUCGUUGACUGUGACCACGAGUGUGACCCAGAUGAACCAGGUUCAUGCGAUUCUGGAUGCAAUGGUGGGCUGAUGACAAGUGCUUUUGAGUAUACACUCAAAGCUGGUGGACUUAUGCGCGAGGAAGACUAUCCAUAUACUGGUACUGACCGUGCAACUUGCAAAUUUGAUAAGUCCAAGGUUGCUGCAUCAGUAGCCAACUUCAGUGUUGUUUCCCUUGAUGAAGAUCAAAUCGCUGCAAAUCUCGUGAAAAAUGGUCCUCUUGCAGUGGGUAUCAACGCAGUUUUCAUGCAGACAUACAUUGGUGGGGUUUCAUGCCCAUACAUAUGCUCAAGGAGGUUGGAUCAUGGAGUGUUAUUGGUUGGGUAUGGUUCUGCUGGCUAUGCUCCCGUCCGAAUGAAGGAUAAGCCAUAUUGGAUCAUAAAGAAUUCAUGGGGUGAGAACUGGGGAGAGAAUGGAUUCUACAAUAUAUGCAAGGGUCACAAUAUAUGCGGAGUGGAUUCAAUGGUCUCCACCGUUGCUGCCAUUCAUACCUCACACUAGGGGUGUGAACUGUAUUAUUUUCCAUCAGUACCAGACUGGGCCACUUCCAUGUACACAGGGGUUGUAACAUUUUUUAGGGCAACUGCAGUAUCUUCUACUUAGUACUUUAAGGUUCAUAAAUGCUUAAAAAACAUAGGUGAUGAAUUUCUUAUGCACUUGUGUUGGGCAAAUACAAAUGUAGAAAAGACAUUUACCUGUUUUUAAGCCCAGUUCUUUUACAUUUGGAAAACUAUAGCCCAAUUUACAUAUGGCACUGAAAGGUGCAAUACUAUGUGGACCUUCAGGGUUGAAAUAAAUAAAAAGCCACAUCAUGUGCUUGGGUUUGGCAA